AUGCAGGAGAGCAAUUUCACUUCCAACAAUGACUUCAUUCUCUUGGGAUUUCAGAGUCUCCAAACCUUCAGAACAAUGUCCUUCUGUGUCAUUCUUGUGAUUUACUCCAUGACUCUAUGUGGAAACCUGUUAAUCAUUACAUUGGUGUUCUACAGCAAGAACCUUCAGACCCCCAUGUACCUGUUCCUCACUCAGCUCUCCACAUCUGACAUCAUGCUGACCACAGCCAUCGUCCCCAACAUGCUUCAUACCAUUGUAAAUGAAGUGGGCACAAUUUCCUUUGUAGGCUGUAUCACUCAAUAUUAUUUCUUUGCAGUAUCAGAAUGCUCAGAGUGUCUCCUCCUCACUGUGAUGUCAUAUGACAGAUAUUUAGCCAUCUGCAACCCACUGCGUUAUAACUGUAUAAUGGACAGUAACUUAUGCAUAAAAUUAAUUAUUAUAUCUUGGCUGAUAAGUUUCUCACUGCUUUUGAGUGACACAGUAACAAUGGGUUUGAUGCACUUUUGUGGACCCCAAAUUAUUGACCAUUUCUUUUGUGACUACCUACCUUUAUUAGAGCUUUCAUGUUCUGAUACCUCUGUUCUGCAAUUGGAAGUAAUAUUUAUUAGUUUACCAGUGCUUAUUUUGCCCUUCAUAUUAAUAAUUGUAUCUUAUGUGUAUAUUAUACAGGUUAUCCUAAGGCUACCAUCCUUUACCGAGCGACAGAAAGCCUUCUCCACCUGUAGCUCCCAUCUGACCACUGUGUCCAUAUAUUUUAGCACUCUGUUCUGUAUUUAUAUUCUUCCAACAAGAGGACAGUCACGGAGUAUAAGCAAAGUCUUUUCUUUGUUUUACACUGUGGUUACCCCAUUGACAAACCCAAUAAAAUACAGCUUGAGGAAUAAAGACAUGAAAAAAGCAUUUGAGAAAUAUAUUUGUAAAAUUGUAAUAUAA